AUGGAAGGAGGAACCUCUGAGCGUUCCCUCCCAGGGACCUCCGAGAGAUCUGAUGGUGAUGAAUUGGAAGGGAAGAACAAAGGGGACCACAACAGAAUCCACAUAGCGGAGGAACCAAAUCAAUAUUCAGGGUAUGGAGAGAACAUCUGUCAGAGCUCCCAGUCCACCUCCCAUCAAGGAAACAGCUUCAUCCAGAGGGAUAGCCUUACGUCACACGAAAGAACUCACAGUGGAGAGAAAUUGUAUCAGUGCUUGGAAUGUGGAAAGAGCUUCAGUCGGAAGGAUUCUCUCAUUUCCCAUCAAAGAAUUCAUACAGGAGAGAAACCCUAUCAGUGUUUGCAGUGUGGAAAGUGCUUCAGUCAGAGGAGCAAUCUGACAACCCAUCAAAGGAUUCAUACAGGGGAGACACCCUAUAAGUGCUUGGAAUGUGGAAAGAGAUUCAGAAAGAGCUCAGAGCUCACUUCCCAUCACAGAAUUCAUACAGGGGAGAAACCCUAUCAGUGCUUGGAAUGUGGUAAGAGAUUCAGACUGAGCUCAGAGCUCACUUCCCACCAAAGAAUUCAUACAGGGGAGAAGCCUUAUCAGUGCUUGGAAUGUGGAAAGAGAUUCAGUCAGAGCCACAGCCUCACUUCCCAUCUAAUAAGUCAUACAGGGGAGAAACCCUAUCAGUGCCUGGAAUGUGGAAAGAGCUUCAGACAGAGGAACGGUCUCACUUACCAUCAAAGAAUUCAUACAGGGGAGAAACCCUAUCAGUGCUUGGAAUGUGGAAAGAGCUUCAGUAACCGCCAAAUUCUCACUUCCCAUCAAAGAAUUCAUACAGGGGAGAAACCCUAUCAGUGCUUGGAAUGCGGAAAGAGCUUCAAUUGUAGGACUAGUCUUACUUCCCAUCAAAGAAUUCAUACAGGGGAGAAACCCUAUCAGUGCUUCGAAUGUGGAAAGAGCUUUCGUCAGAGUUGUGAUCUCAAUUCCCAUCAAAGAAUUCAUACAGGGGAGAAACCAUAUAAAUGCUUCCAGUGUGGAAAGAGCUUCAGUCACAGCCAUGAACUCACCAUCCAUCAAAGGAUGCAUACAGGUGAGAAACCCUAUCAGUGCCAGGAAUGUGGAAAGAGCUUUCGUGAGACGGGAAAACUUGCUGCUCAUCGAAGAAUUCAUACAGGGGAGAAACCCUAUCAAUGCUUGGAAUGUGGAAAGAGCUUCAUCCAAAGGGCCCAUCUCCUGAGCCAUCAAAAAACUCAUACAGGUCAGAAACCCUAUCAAUGCUUGGAAUGUGGAAAGAGCUUUCGUGAUAAGGGUAAACUCACUUCCCAUCAAAGAAUUCAUACUGGGGAGAAACCCUUUGUGUGCUUGGAAUGUGGAAAGAGCUUCAGUCGGAAGGAUUCUCUCAUUUCCCAUCAAAGAAUUCAUACAGGAGAAAAACCCUAUCAGUGUUUGCAGUGUGGAAAGUGCUUCUGUCAGAGGAGCAAUCUGACAACCCAUCAAAGGAUUCAUACAGGGGAGACACCCUAUAAGUGCUUGGAAUGUGGAAAGAGAUUCAGACAGAGCUCAGAGCUCACUUCCCAUCACAGAAUUCAUACAGGGGAGAAACCCUAUCAGUGCUUGGAAUGUGGUAAGAGAUUCAGACUGAGCUCAGAGCUCACUUCCCAUCAAAGAAUUCAUACAGGGGAGAAGCCUUAUCAGUGCUUGGAAUGUGGAAAGAGCUUCAGUCAGAGCAACAGUCUCACUUCCCAUCAAAUAAAUCAUACAGGGGAGAAACCCUAUCAGUGCCUGGAAUGUGGAAAGAGCUUCAGACAGAGGCACGGUCUCACUUACCAUCAAAGAAUUCAUACAGGGGAGAAACCCUAUCAGUGCUUGGAAUGUGGAAAGAGCUUCAUUAACCGCCGAAUUCUCACUUCCCAUCGAAGAAUUCAUACAGGGGAGAAACCCUAUCAGUGCUUGGAAUGCGGAAAGAGCUUCAAUUGGAGGACUAGUCUUACUUCGCAUCAAAGAAUUCAUACAGGGGAGAAACCUUUUCAGUGCCACGAAUGUGGAAAGAGCUUCAUUCAUAAGAAUACUCUCACUUCCCAUCAAAGAAUUCAUACAGGUCAGAAACCAUAUAAAUGCUUCCAAUGUGGAAAGAGCUUCAUUCACAGCCACGACCUCACCAUCCAUCAAAGGAUUCAUACAGGUGAGAAACCCUAUCAUUGCCAGGAAUGUGGAAAGAGCUUUAGUGAGACUGGAAUACUUGCUGCCCAUCGAAGAAUUCAUACAGGGGAGAAACCCUAUCAAUGCUUGGAAUGCGGAAAGAGCUUCACCCAAAGGGCCCAUCUCCUGAGCCAUCAAAAAACUCAUACAGGUCAAAAACCCUAUCAGUGCCAGGAAUGUGGAAAUAGCUUUCGUGAGAGGGGUAAACUCAUUUCCCAUCAAAGAAUUCAUACUGGGGAGAAACCCUAUCAGUGCUUGGAAUGUGGAAAGAACUUCAGUCGGAGGGAUAGUCUUACUUCCCAUCAAAGAAUUCAUACUGGGGAGAAACCCUAUCAGUGCUUGGAAUGUGGAAAGAGCUUCAGUCAGAGCCACAGCCUCACUUCCCAUCUAAUAAGACAUACAGGGGAGAAACCGUAUCAGUGCCUGGAAUGCGGAAAGAGCUUCAGAUGGAAGGAUUCUCUCAUUUCCCAUCAAAGAAUUCAUACAGGAGAGAAACCCUAUCAGUGUUUGCAGUGUGGAAAGUGCUUCAGUCAGAGGAGCAAUCUGACAACCCAUCAAAGGAUUCAUACAGGGGAGACACCCUAUAAGUGCUUGGAAUGUGGAAAGAGAUUCAGAAAGAGCUCAGAGCUCACUUCCCAUCACAGAAUUCAUACAGGGGAGAAACCCUAUCAGUGCUUGGAAUGUGGUAAGAGAUUCAGACUGAGCUCAGAGCUCACUUCCCACCAAAGAAUUCAUACAGGGGAGAAGCCUUAUCAGUGCUUGGAAUGUGGAAAGAGAUUCAGUCAGAGCCACAGCCUCACUUCCCAUCUAAUAAGUCAUACAGGGGAGAAACCCUAUCAGUGCCUGGAAUGUGGAAAGAGCUUCAGACAGAGGAACGGUCUCACUUACCAUCAAAGAAUUCAUACAGGGGAGAAACCCUAUCAGUGCUUGGAAUGUGGAAAGAGCUUCAGUAACCGCCAAAUUCUCACUUCCCAUCAAAGAAUUCAUACAGGGGAGAAACCCUAUCAGUGCUUGGAAUGCGGAAAGAGCUUCAAUUGUAGGACUAGUCUUACUUCCCAUCAAAGAAUUCAUACAGGGGAGAAACCCUAUCAGUGCUUCGAAUGUGGAAAGAGCUUUCGUCAGAGUUGUGAUCUCAAUUCCCAUCAAAGAAUUCAUACAGGGGAGAAACCAUAUAAAUGCUUCCAGUGUGGAAAGAGCUUCAGUCACAGCCAUGAACUCACCAUCCAUCAAAGGAUGCAUACAGGUGAGAAACCCUAUCAGUGCCAGGAAUGUGGAAAGAGCUUUCGUGAGACGGGAAAACUUGCUGCUCAUCAAAGAAUUCAUACAGGGGAGAAACCCUAUCAAUGCUUGGAAUGUGGAAAGAGCUUCAUCCAAAGGGCCCAUCUCCUGAGCCAUCAAAAAACUCAUACAGGUCAGAAACCCUAUCAAUGCUUGGAAUGUGGAAAGAGCUUUCGUGAUAAGGGUAAACUCACUUCCCAUCAAAGAAUUCAUACUGGGGAGAAACCCUAUCAAUGCUUGGAAUGUAGAAAGAGCUUCAGUCGGAGGGAUAGUCUUACUUCCCAUCAAAGAAUUCAUAAAGGGGAGAAACCCUAUCAGUGCUUGGAAUGUGGAAAGAGCUUCAGAUGGAAGAUUAGUUUCACCUUCCAUCAAAAUAUUCAUACAGGGGAGAAUCCCUAUCAAUGCUUGGAAUGUAGAAAGAGCUUCAGUCGGAAGGAUGCUCUCACUUCCCAUCAAAGAAUUCAUAAAGGGGAGAAACCCUAUCAAUGCUUGGAAUGUGGAAAGAGCUUCAUUCGGAAGGAUUAUCUCACUUCCCAUCAAAGAAUUCAUGAAUAGGAGAAACCCUAAUAGUGCUUAGAAUGUUUAAAGAACUAAUAAUAAUAACAACAACAGAUACAGGUAGGUAGCUGUGUUGGUCUGCCAUAAUCAAAACAAAAUUAAAAAAA